GCAAGUCACUCAGACACCAGGAGCUGCCGCGACAGCUGGGCGGGUGGCGUGGGACAUCGCGCGCUGUGACCUGUGCCGUGUCCUUCGCCUCGACACCAGACCCCAUGGCGACGCCUUCGCAGAAGAGGAGCACCCGCAGCGGGGCUUCGGGGACCCCCUUGUCCCCUACCCGCAUCACCCGCCUGCAGGAGAAGGAGGACCUGCAGGAGCUCAAUGACCGCUUGGCCGUCUACAUCGACAAGGUGCGCUCGCUGGAGCUGGAGAACGCCGGCCUGAGGCUCCGCAUCACCGAGUCCGAGGAGGUGGUGAGCCGAGAGGUCUCGGGCAUCAAGGCUGCCUAUGAGUCGGAGCUGGCAGAUGCCCGCAAGACUUUGGAUUCGGUGGCCAAGGAGAGAGCUCGGCUGCAGCUGGAGCUCAGCAAAGUCCGGGAGGAGCACAAGGAGCUGAAAGCCCGGAAUGCCAAGAAGGAAGGGGACCUGCUCACUGCCCAGGCACGCCUCAAGGAUGUGGAGGCUUUGCUUAAUUCCAAGGAAGCUGCGCUCUCCACAGCCCUGGGCGAGAAGAGGAAUCUGGAGACUGAAGUGCGUGAUCUGAGGGGACAGGUGGCCAAGCUGGAAAGUGCCUUGAACGAAGCCAAGAAGCAGCUGCAGGAUGAGAUGCUACGCCGCGUGGACGCCGAGAACCGGCUGCAGACGCUGAAGGAAGAGCUUGAAUUCCAGAAAAACAUCUACAGCGAGGAGCUGCGGGAGACCAAGCGCCGCCACGAGACCCGGCUGGUGGAGAUCGACAAUGGGCGGCAGCGGGAGUUUGAGAGCAAGCUGUCCGAGGCCCUGCAGGAGCUGCGGAGCCAGCACGAAGCCCAGAUCAGGCUUUACAAGGAGGAACUGGAGAAGACCUAUGGGGCGAAGCUGGAGAACGCCAAGCAGUCGGCUGAGAGGAACAGCAACAUGGUGGGUGCUGCCCAUGAGGAGCUGCAGCAGACCCGCAUCCGCAUUGACAACCUCUCCUCAGAAGUGAGCCAGCUGCAGAAGCAGUUGGCCGCCAAGGAAGCGAAGCUACACGAUUUGGAGGAUAUUCUGGCCAGGGAACGUGAGACCAACCGGCGCCUGCUCUCUGAGAAGGAGCGGGAGAUGGCCGAGAUGCGGGCGCGCAUGCAGCAGCAGCUGGAUGAGUACCAGGAGCUGCUGGACAUCAAGCUGGCUCUAGAUAUGGAGAUCAACGCCUACCGCAAGCUGCUGGAGGGCGAGGAGGAGCGGCUGAGGCUGUCCCCCAGCCCUUCCUCCCACAAAGGUGCAUCCCGAAGCCACUUGUCCACCCCGGGCUCCUCCAAGAAGCGGAAGCUGGAGGAUGGUGAGAGCCGGACCAGCUUCUCCCACCAUGCCCGGACCAGCGGCCGUGUCGGAGUGGAGGAGGUGGACUUGGAGGGCAAGUUUGUCCGUCUCAGGAACAAGUCCAACGAGGACCAGGCAAUGGGGAACUGGCAGAUCAAGCGGCAGAAUGGGGAUGAUCCCCCCAUCACCUACCGCUUCCCCCCAAAGUUCACCCUGAAGGCUGGCCAGGUGGUCACGAUCUGGGCCUCAGGAGCUGGAGCGACCCACAGCCCCCCCAGCAACGUGGUGUGGAAAGCCCAGAGCAGCUGGGGCUCCGGGGACAGCCUGCGCACCGCCCUCAUCAACUCCAACGGGGAGGAGGUAGCCAUGCGGAAACUGGUCCGCACUGUGAUCAUCAACGAUGAUGAGGAUGAGGACGAUGAUGAAAUGAGCAUCCACCACCGCCAUCACCACGGGAGCUGCAGCGGCUCUGGGGACCCCGGUGAAUACAACCUGCGCUCCCGCACGAUCGUGUGCGGCACGUGCGGUCAGCCAGCCGACAAGUCAGGCACCCAGAACGCCGGCAUCAACACCAUGUCCUCGGGCUCCUCCACCUCCAGCGUGACCGUCACCCGCAGCUACCGCAGCAUGGGUGACUCUGGCAUUGGCCUCGGGGACAGCCUGGUGACCAGGAACUACCUCCUGGGGAACUCCAGUCCCCGCAGGCAGGCUCAGGCUGUGCAGAAUUGCAGCAUCAUGUAACCCUGUGGCGCAUUCCUGUGGUUCCUGCCCGUCUCCAGCUAGGUGUUUUUUUUUCCCCAAACCAAAAAAAAAGAUUUUUUUUUUCCCUAAAAAAAAAAAAUAUCAAAACCCAAGUUUGGGGGUUUUUGUUUUCUAUAGCAGGAAUUUUAUAUAUAUAUAUAUAUUAAAAGUGCUAAAAGAUGCUUUGAUUUUUUUUUUGUAAAGAAAAAAAUCUAUUUCUAUAUAAAAAAAAUCCAAACCAAAAAAAAGCUCCUCAGCUUCACAAUUUUUUUAAAACUUCAGCCAAAGACAGCAAGGAAUCAUGUUUACGGAGCAGCCAUGCAAGAGGAGAUCACAGCUGAAAUGCUCUUUAGAUUGUACCUUUUUUGCCAAAGCUUUUUACAUAGGACUGGGAGAAGUGCAGCCAUCCCCACUGGGGCUGCUGUCUUGUCUCGAGUGGAGCACAGUGCCUUUACAACCCUUUUUCUUGGGAUCUGAAGCCAAAAUUCCCUUUUUUCUUUUCUUUUUUUUUUUUUUUUUGAGUUGUGAUUCCCGGUGGUGCUGGCGUGGGGGCUCCUGGCAGCUUGCAGGCAAUGCCCGUGUCUCUCCGUGGCCAUUGCCCCCUCCCCAGCCCCCUGCCUACCUGCACUCCCAGCGCUCCACGUGCUAUAUUCCCCAUAUUCCCCAUCCCAGGCAUCUUGUGCCCUUUGGGUUCCCUUUCUUUUUUAAGCAGCCGAGUUGUGCCUUAGCCGAGGCAGGGGCCAGGCUGGGAACGCCGCUGGACCCCGCGUGGCAUCAAGUGGAGAUGGAGUAGGGGAAGUGAAAACCCACCAGAGCUGCAUCCCAGGACCAGAUGGAUUUGGCAGCUGGGGUGAUGGACCUUGCUCCUGCAGGCUCGGCACCAGGAGGACCCUCCAGGUCCCUCUCUUUGGGGGCCACUGCAUCUAACAGGGUUCACCCCAGUUUUUCUCGACUGUGGUUAGUUGGACUCAUCGCCGGUGGCCAGAGCUCAGGAACUGUUUCAGGGAUGAGGUGAAGGAUGCUCAGUCCAGGCAGGGCUGGUUUGCCAGGAAGGCACCAAGGAAGGUGUUUUGUUUGAGCAAGGGGGAGUUUGGGAUCUGGCAGGAGCAGCUUCCCCCUCUGCAAAAGUCCAUCCAGCCGUUGACAAAGAUCUUGGCUUCUUGCCUUGAUUGAGGAAUGCCUGCAGCCCCCCCAGUCUCAAAUGCAGGGGAGGGCAGGAUCAGGUCCCAGGACAAGCCCCCCGCUCCAGUGGGAUCUGGGGAGGCCAUGUAUUCUACUCAUGCUUGCAAAGCUUCUGUAUUACUGCCUGUAUCUCCUUCCAAAGUCAAAAUACAGCCAAACCCUUCCCAUGC